AGUUCUAAACAGGGGCAGACUGACUAUUUGGAAACUCAGGCACUGCCCGAGGGCCCGGGGUCAGUAGGGGGCCCCAUGAGAUGCCCCUGGUACCUUUUUCAUAGGCUUUUUUGAGUUUGGGCAAGGACACAGGGGCCCCAUGAUCCCCUAUUGCCCAGGGGCCCCAUGAGUUGUCAGUCCGCCCCUGGUUCUAAAUACCCACAAUAAUAAUCACUAGCAAUUGCUAGGACAAGCAAUGACCCUAAACACAAAAAUAUUUCCCAGCAAAUGUCAGAGCAAGCAAU